AUGAGUCCCUUGUCCUUGGCGUUAUUCAGCUUUAACCUCUAUUUUACAGGCCUUUGCCUGCAAUCCAAUACUCAAUUCAGGCUAGGCCUCCUCGAAACAAAUCUAGGAGUCCUCUCAUUCAUAGGCACAGUUCCUAGCCGGCUCUCUAAUACCAGCGCAAAGAUGACCAUCGUAACAACCUCCAAACUCUUUCAACCGCUUCAACCUGACAUAUCACCGAAUACCACACCUCUCGCUCUUCCACCCCAGGUACUCAUCAUUGUCAAAGCCACAAUAGUCUCUCUCCGUGCCGGCAAUCCAGCAAACAUGUCUGGCAUUUGGUCAGAGGAACAGAUCGCCGCAUGGAGAGAAAUAACAAAUGCCGCAGAAGAGUUAGCGAAAUAUGAACUGGGUGUGAUCUCACUGAGUGCAGCACCCAUUAGCGCGCAACACGCGAUACGCGCCGAUGACGGAGGCACAUAUAUGGGACGUCAUCGGGAGCUUCGUGUAAUUUACAACGCGGGCGGGUAUUUGGUUGGUGUUAGUAUUCAGAAUCAAGUUCGCUUUGCCAUAGAGAUUGAGAAGGCCGAACAUAUCAGUCUUGCGGACUCGCUUCCGCAGUUUAGCUACCUUGUCAAGGAGCUUAGCAGUAUGUGUAUCGCUCAUCUAAAUCUUGUCGGGCCGCGCACCGGUAGUGAUGUUGAUACCGAAACUGUGGAUUCGAAUCACCCCUCUGUGCUUUUAGGUGGAAGUUACAUGUCUCGUAAUGGGCAGAGGAUGGUGGAUGAUAAAUAUAGGGAUAGAAAGGUCACGAUCACUUUUGAGAGGCAAUUUAAAACAAAUUCGGACUUAGUGUUUAGGAUCCGAACGGGGAUUAAUUUUAUGCGAUAUAAGAGAGCGACGUUUUAUAUUGCGAAAUAUCCAAAGGGGCAUUUUGAGUAUCCAUUCCCGAAAGGAUCUUUGCAAGAAUAA